AUGGUCAGAGGUGUCGGAGAACCAGUCUACCUACCUGAACAAUUGAAAGAGAAGCUCCCUGGAGAGGAGCGGGAGGUGGAGAACAAGACCCAGAUGCAGGAAGACUCCGUUUUUGUAAAACAUUUUGACCGUACGUUUUCUGCCCUGAAUCAUGUUUUCUCUCUAGUGCACUUAUUCCAGCUGGACAUCACCGUGAAACAGGGACGCGAUAAGGUCCGAGAAAUGUUCAUGAAGAACGCCCACGUCACAGACCCCAGGGUGGUUGAUCUUCUGGUCAUCAAGGGAAAGAUGGAGCUGGAGGAGACGAUUAAUGUAUGGAAGCAGCGGACACACGUCAUGCGGUUCUUCCAUGAAACCGAAGCGCCGAGGCCGACGGAUUUCCUGUCUAAGUUCUAUGUUGGCCAUGACCCAUGAAGUCACUCCGUGGAAAGGUGCAUGUUGAUAUUUAAGUAUCUUAGAGCACAAAUAAACUCAGGAUGUGAUGGCC